AUGGCGUCCACCAUGCAGCUCGAGUUCACGCAAGCGAUGACCGACUUCAAAACUAUGUUCCCUGAUAUGGACGACGAUGUUAUUGAAGCCGUACUUCGAGCUAACCAAGGCGCUGUAGACGCUACCAUCGACCAGCUUCUAGCGAUGAGCACUGAUAACCAAAACGAGAGGCUUCGUCUAGAAAUAGAAAAGGUAGAAAGCAGUUCACCGUCCCGUCGUAAAGAUUUAAUUAAAAGGAUUUCUAGAGGUGUCGAAAAUGGUGACGACAAUGAUACUACGGCGCUUGUAAACGUGGAUGAGGAAGCAGUCCCUCUGUCGGUAAAAAGAAAAUGGGUACCGCGACUAUUGGGCCCAUUACCUCCUAUGUUCCUGCGAAUACCGCCCGGUACUGAUGCCAGAAUCGACUUAAGCCUGGAGAUGGACGAUGAUCGUAUCGCAACGUUCCUGCAAAACGAAGAAUUCAUGGCAGAACUUCGAUGGAAUCAAGAAUUCAUAGCUGCAUUAGAUAGCGAACAAGGAAAUAAAACAAAAUGUCACGAUGACGAAGCAGCGUUUAAAGAAAGGCUAAAAAAUAUGGGGAAAAUGUCUCGCAAGAAGUUCGCGCAACUGUCCCGCAUGUUUACACGUGGUGGGUCUCGACGUAGCGGCAGUGCGAGGGCACCGUCCCGGGGGCCGCCAGACAGCUUACUGCUGCAAGAGGAACACAGCGACGACGAGGACAGACCACAUCCACAGAAUAUCAAAAUA